AUGGCAUCAGGCGAUUCAAAACCUCUAAGAGAAGAGGCCACACCUCCACCACCAUCUUCUUCUUCGUUCUCUGAGAAUUGGAAGGAGCGUAUAUUCAUUCCCACACUUCUCGCAGGGAUAACUGGUGGAGGAGUUGGGUUGGUGUCUAAACAUGGAAAAGUUCAUGGACUGGCUAACAUUUCGGCUACUUAUGCCACUAAUUUUGCCAUCGUCGCCGGCUGCUAUUGCGGUGCACGCGAAUUUUUAAGAGUAACUCGAAAAUCAGAACCCGAUGAUCUAGUAAACUCUGCAAUUGCAGGGUUUGGUAGUGGUGCUCUUCUUGGACGUCUUCAAGGCGAAGUAUUCUUUAGAUUGGCGGAAUCAUUAGGCCACCAAAAAGACAGGUGCAUUUUCAAUUUUGUAGAAUCAAUAAUCCACCCAAAGACAGGAGCAUUUUCAAUACCAUCUGUUGUCUUCUUUGCUCCCCUCUUGAAGCAGAUGUUUCUCAUCAUGUUUGUCAUUUUCAUUUCUUCCUUGGUAGAACCUAUGGACAAGGCAGAAGUGAGUUCUUUGGAUGGGAGAUGGUAUAAAUAUGAUGCUAUAGGUGGUCAAUUUGGUGCCUUUCGCUACUCAAUCAUCUUUGCUGUUGUGGGGACAACGGUGGAUUUUGCUACUAUCAGACUAAGAGCUACAUUGAGUAGUUUUAAAGAAUCUAUAUUCAGAGACAAAGAGAAGAAAGCUGGUUGGUUGAAGUUGCCAGAAUGGUCUCCCAUACAAGUACUUGAUGAAGAAGCCCUUGCUGCAAAAGAAGCUCGGGAAAAGCAACUCUAUGGUCAAAGUGCUCUUGGCAAACUUAGCAAGGAAGAAUCUUGA